AAGUUUAAUAAUAGUCUCUUCUUAGAAGAAUGUAAGAAGCGUUAUAAUAGUAAGGUAUACCUCUACUAUAGUAAAGUAGAAUACUUCUACAGAGACUACCUAAAGAAUAAGUUAACUAAGAGAAUACGAAUACUACGGGUAGAGAUACUAUACUCUACUAAGAAACUAGAUAAAACUCUUAGUAACCUAGAUUUAUAUAAUAAAGUAAGAUAA